AAAACGAUAGAGCUCCGGGAGAGUGGUAAAACGGUUAGAACAACAACGAAAUACGAUUCUUUUUCAGCUUUUCAAAGCAUUGGCGGCCGGUUAUUUUAUAUGGAAGUGAAAGAAUUUUUUUGAAAUUUAAAUAAACUCGUAAAUUUUAUCAUUUAUUAUUUGGAUUUAGUAAAGCGUAACAUUUUGUAAGCGUAAAUACCUAAACAAUAUAUAGCGGAAUAAAAUUCUAUAUUAAUAAAAACAACAACAAAAGAGUGCAAUAUUUAUCUCAGGGUUAUUAGGUUAAACCCCCACCCUGUUUAAUAGUUAAACUUUAAUUAAUUAAGCUUUUACAAAGCGCUAACAAAAUGCAUAACGGUGGUUUUGGUUACAAUCCUGCGGGUUAUGUGAAAAAUUUCAAUUGUCUACGUAACUGGUGUUUUUGGGCGGGCGGUUUUGGUUUGGUCCAGUCCUUAAUAUGGAUCGGUUUAACAUUAACCGGCAUUUUAUCAUAUAGCUGUAUCAUUAGUAUUGAGGGCACCUUUAACUAUGGCAGUCUGUUUCGAGUGGUAUUUCUAGAGCUAUACUUUAUGGGUACCUGUGCCAAUAAUAUACCUCCAUACAAUAAUGAUAUGCUAAGGGAAGUUAAAACCGUAUUAAAUCCACAAGAUAUAGUUAUAUGGGAUAGUGUAUAUCUAGCAGUAGCAGUAUGUUGGCUUUUGGCCUCAGUGCUAUUAAUGACAUAUCUCAAACAAGAUCAACCUAGAGUGGUUAGCGGCGUUUUAUGGACCUGGGUUUUGGUAACAUUCUGCAUUUGUGCUAUGGAUUUAGCUUUGGGUAUUAUUUUCGGCAUUGACUAUGGUCGUUUCAAUCGCAAAGCCUACGAUUAUAAUUUAAGCAGCGUUAAUGCUGGUGCUAUUAAUCCAGAUGCUGCACAAUUAUUGGCCGGUAUGGUGGCCUCUAUGUCUAUGUUGAUCUUAUCGUUUAAGGGUUUCGUUUUAUGGAUUGUAAAUGUUUGUUUUAUGAUUUAUUUGGCUGUGCGUGCCUUAUGGAUUGGUCACGAUAACAAUGGAGCGAACAACCUAUUUAUGCCACGCAAGGAAUCCGAUGAUAUAUUGGCCACUAGACCACCAAUUAAUGCCUAUCAGGAAGAAGAACAAAAACCCAGUGUCUUGUCUACAGUCUUUGCCAACGAAGGCUUUGAACCGGACAAUAAUACCGUCGAAAAUGUCAAUGUUAUCAAUCGUGAUAUAAUUGCUCGUGCUGCACGCCUUUCAACCGAUGUUCAAUUACAUGAAAGACGUUUCCGUAAUUUAGAUAAUUUCCAACAAUAUCCACCACGCUCCAGGCCCGAAUCUAUGAUGCCUGUACAGGAGCAACCACAACAGCCAAACUCACCCAUGGUAGUGGCCGCUUUCCCAGCACCCGACUAUACGCCACCCAUGCAAAGGGCCGCUCAAAAUCCAAAUCGUAAUCAAAGAUAUCAAUAGUUUGAAUAGCUAGAGGUUAAUUCUUCUAAGUGUAUGAGCGUUUUUUUUUUUCUUUUUUUAAUAUUUAAUUAUUUCUUUUAAUUUUAUUGUUGCUUUUUAAACAAAAAAUAAAUAAUAAUAAAAAAAAACAAUUGUUAAAAUACUGUAUAAAUUAAGAAAAAAAAAAAAACGAUGAUGAUUUUGUGUCACUAGACAGUGAUAACAUUAGCACUUGAAA